UUUUGUUUACGUUUUGUUUUACAAAAAUCGUUCGAUCAGCGGCUUUGUGGCCUGCGGAAAAUUUUUACUUAAAAAAAGUGCUCAAAAAGUGGACGCAAAUCCGCCUAAAACUCCGAUGCCCUCUACGAUUGCCACCUACGAGUAUGAGUGUACUCGCAAGUGCCGGCUGCCGGAACACGGAAAUGGAAUAACCGCGGCGCUAACCAAGCGUUCAAUUUCGGACGAGCUGUUGGCUGCAUUUGUUGCGAAAUUCUGCCGCAACUUUGCCGAAAUUUUAGAUGAUCAGGGAAGGAGUGCUUUGCACCUGGCCGCUUCCGUUGGCCGGUACGCGGUUGCCGAAUGGCUCAUCAAUCAUGGCGCCAGUAUCGCGCUGAAAGAUAGAGAAUCCGGUCACACGCCACUGCACCGGGCCAUGUACUAUGGCUGUGUUGGGGUGGCCGUGAUGUUGGUUAAGUAUGGAGCCGGGAUUGACGUUCCGGACGAGGAUUUUGUCAAUCCGUUGCAGCUGUGCAGCAAUGUUCCCAAGGACAAAACUAACGGCAAAGGUUACGAAAUCAUGGUUUGGGGAAAGAACAAAAAUUACAACCUCGGCAUUGGCAAUGUGGAGGGCAAGGAGGCACCGGACUUCAUCGAUUACUUCCGCAAAAACCGGAUAACUAUCGAGAAGAUGUCCAUCAACACGUACCACAGCGUGUUCCUGACGAAAGAUGGUGAUGUGUACACGACGGGCCAUGGGCGGGGCGGCCGAUUGGGGAAUGGCGCUGAGAAUACCGUGGUCUAUCCCACUAAAGUUCCGGUACCGACUCGGAAUCCCGAGUCGGAAAGGAUUGUGGACGUCAGCACCGGGCGAUAUCAUACCUUAUUGCUGUCUGAUCAGAAUUGUAUAUAUUCCUGUGGAGAAAACAAUCACUGCCAAUUAGGAAUAAAACCUCCGCCAGAGAAGCAACUAACUUUUACCAGUAUCGGAGGGUUGCAUAAUUUCGCCGAUAAGAAAAUCAAACGUAUCAUUGCCAAAGAUUACCAUUCGAUAGCGAUUUGCGAGGCGGACGUCUACGUUUGGGGUUCGAAUGGAGGUCAGUUUGGUAUGAAAAAGGAGCUGAACCAACUUCUUACACCAAAACCUCUUCCACUGGUUCCGGAGCUUGGCAAAGAUAAACCGGAAGUGGCAAACCGGGACACAACAAUCAAGCUUGUCGAGUCCAGCAACGCAGCGAUUGUGGUCUACACACAGUCGAGUUAUUUAUAUAUUUUCAAAAAUUUCAAAACCCGGACCUACAAAAAUCCUCUGAUGGAGAAGUUCGAAUGCAUUUCCGUGUCCGGUGGCGAAUUUGUCAGCAAAAAAGAAGACGUCGGAAAGAACAGUAAACCGUUGCGAAUCAUAGCAUUUACGGUGUCCCGGAACAUCUACAUUUGGUACGAUGACUGUCAGCAGUUUUUGCGAUGCGUUUUCGCCCAAUCACGCAAUCUGGAAAUCGAAAAGAUUGUCUGGUGCAACAACCACGCACUGGUACUGUUGCUGGGAAAUCUCUAUCAUGGAACAAUCACGCACAAGCUGAACGCUCAGGCCGUUACGCAGAUCAGUGAGUACACCGAAACCUACACCAAGAAAGAGAUGAGUACCACCAACAAAACUCGGAUCGAAUUGAAACGCAUUAAAAUGUUGAACAACGUCGUGGAUUUCGUUUGCGACGAUGAUGGAGAGAAUUUUGCUGUUUUGUUGGAAAACUCCCGUAGACAUUUCAACCUGCCGGAGCUGGUAGAAUCAAACUACGAUUUUGGAUCGUUGCUGGCCGAAGCUCACGAAAUGGAUGGUGCUCGCGAUGUGUUGUUUACUGUUGAUUAUCAAACUUUUCCGGCCCACCGUUUUGUGCUUUAUCAUCGGUGUAGACAUCUGAGAAAGCUACUGGAGAAGAAGCCCAACCAAAAGGACUUCCAACUGCACGGGUACGAAGGGUUGACUGGUUCAAUUUUUGAACUGAUACUACGAUAUAUCUACGGAAAUGUGGUAAUAUCUAGGGGCGAUGUGGAUAAGCUGGUGAGGCAGUUGAAUCCUGGAGGAAAAAUCGACAAAGAAAACACCGCAGAAAUGGUUUCCCGGUUGAAAAAAGUUUUCAAACAGUUUGAAAUUGGUGGCAUGAAUGAGUCGUUGAAAAUUCUUUCAGAGGACCCCUUUUUGGAGGAUUACCCCAAGUUGCCUCGGGACUCAUAUCCGGACUUACAGGAUGUCAUCAUAAAACUGCAAGAUAACCAAGAGAUAAAGGCCCACAAGUGUGUGCUGAUGGCCCGGUUAGAGUACUUCAAUAUGAUGUUUAGCCAUAGUUGGGCGGAGAGUAAAACGGUAAACCUGACAACGGUUCCGCUGGAAUACAUGGACCCGAUCAUUGAGUUUCUGUACGACAACAACUACCAGCGGGUGCGGAAUCAGAAAUAUUCGGACCAUUUUCUGUUCUCGAUGAUUACCAUCUGUGAUCAGUUCUUCAUUGACGAGCUCAAGAGCCUGUUCGAGGAAAUCCUGUGCGACCGCAUCAAUCUGCGCAACGUGGGGGAGCUGAUCGAAUACGCCUUCCAGUACAACUGCGAUGUGCUGAAGACGAUGUGUAUGCAAUUUAUCAGUGUGAACUUGGCCAGAAUAUUGGAGCUCCGUUCGUUGGACGGACUGGAAGCGAAUGUGCUGGCACAGAUUGACAAAUUCUACAAGGAAUUUUAUAACCUUGCGGACUACCGGACAAUAACACCUUCGGCCAACGCUAUCGAAGACGAGGAUUUGCUGAUAUUUGUAAAUGAUUUUUGUGUAGAUUUAAAUUAUAAGGCAACUGACGUGACUAGUUCUAAAAGUAAAACGCCCAAAGGCAAACUGACCCCAAAAAGUACCAAAACGCAACUGGAAAAGCGAAAUUACGAGAAGGAAGCCAUGGUGUACAUUCGAGACUUGUCUUUCGAAGAAAUUCCUUCUGUGAAAACUGAGGAGAAAAAAUCGGAAAAAGUGGAAAACGGCCAUUCUGCACCAACGGAAAAAGAGAUUAAAAAUUGGCAAAAAGUUGUAGAUAAGAAGGACCCCAAGAAAAAGUCGAUACCAGUAGCAUUGAAAGCAAAUGAAAUAAUAAAAAAUGAAUCGAAGGCUCAAGAGAACUUCUCCAAUAUCAAAACGAUUUUAGAGAAAGCUACAUCUCCGAUUAAUGAAUCAGGACCAUCUGCAACAACAGUCGAAGAAAAUGAUUCCGGUUACGGCAGCAGUCGUCAGAUGUCUUUCAACUUGUCGGAUUUCACAAUUCUUAAACCUAAACUAUCCCAAAAACAGCGCAAACGCAUUACAUCUACUUCCGAAUCCAAACCAACUGAGAACAGUAAACCUGUAACUACGCCGGAAGUUUCACCCAUGAAUCCGUGGAAAAAUAUGAACAACUCGGCAGCUGACAUGUUUAAAUCGGAACCCAUCGCUAUAACAUCACCACGAAAUGGGCAACGAAAAAUUUCCACCGGAAACAACGGUAGCUUCGAAUCGGUUUCACCAAUGAAUGGUGCUGGGUCCUUUCACGCUCACCCUGCUACAAUGGCAACAUCGCCACCCUUUAAACAUCGAUCAACAAUCAAAUCACCACCGGUCGAAAGGUCCCAGAAAGAGUUUAGCAAAAUACAGGAAGACGAACGCCGACAGAAGCAGUACUACGAAAAGAUCAAAUCCAAGUCCCUGGUUCAAACGCAAAUCGAGGAGCGUGCCAUCGAGGAACUGCGACAGUUUUAUAACGUGGACAGUGUGGACGAUGAGACGAUUACGGUAGAACGGUACCGGCCGCAGCCGACCAAUGCUAUCAACUUUGCCGUCUGGCAAUAUCAGUAGCGGGUUUUAUUUUCGGGAAGUCAGAGGUGGUAAUUAGGUGGUCCAAAAGUUUGCGUUUUUUCGUUGUUGAACAAGUCUUGACGCAACACCAAAAAGAUAGUGGUGUAAAUAUAAGUCAAUUUUUUUUUAA